AUGCUGUCUCACGCCGACCUCCUGGACGCCAGGCUAGGUAUGAAAGAUGCUGCCGAGCUUCUGGGCCACCGGGAGGCGGUGAAGUGUAGGCUGGGCGUGGGGGGCUCCGACCCUGGGGGCCAUCCGGGGGACCUAGCGCCCAACUCCGACCCAGUCGAGGGAGCCACUCUGCUGCCCGGGGAGGACAUCACUACAGUGGGCUCUACGCCGGCCUCGCUGGCGGUGAGCGCAAAGGACCCGGACAAACAGCCGGGGCCCCAAGGAGGCCCGAACCCCAGCCAAGCCGGCCAGCAGCAGGGCCAACAGAAGCAGAAGCGCCACCGGACGCGCUUCACACCGGCGCAGCUCAACGAGUUGGAGAGGAGCUUCGCGAAGACUCACUACCCCGACAUCUUUAUGCGCGAGGAGCUGGCGCUGCGUAUCGGGCUGACGGAAUCCCGAGUGCAGUUCCAUGGACAAGCAGGGCUCCCACCUCCCACCAGUAUAGCCACAUUCCUGCAGAAAUGCCUCAAAAGCGAAGCCGGCGGUGUUCUACUGUUAGGUCGUCUCAUUCGUCCUGAGAAGGGAAGCUCUGCGUCUCCCAGCCUCUGCGUCUCCCAGGCGGCUAAGCUGAGCGCGCACCUCCACUCCACCUCGAGUUCUUCACAAGUAUUUCAUUACCCCUAA